AUGUCUGUGCCUGAAGAGAGAGUUUAUAGCAUUAGCCGUGUAUACGCCGAUGCCAAUAAAAAGAGAGACAGAGAAUAUUGGGACUAUGAGAACUACCAGCUUGUUUGGGGGGACAUAAGCAACUAUGAGAUAGUAAACAAAAUUGGGAGAGGAAAGUAUAGCGAAGUCUUCACCGGAAUGAACAUAUUGAACAAUAAAUCGUGUGUUAUCAAGGUGCUGAAACCUGUGAAAAUGAAAAAAAUUCAUAGAGAGAUAAAGAUUUUGAAGAAUUUGACAGGAGGACCAAACAUUGUGGCACUUUUAGAUUUGGUGCAAGAUCAGAGUUCCAAGAUUCCUGCUCUUAUAUUUGAAAGAGUUGCCAAUGCAGAUUUUAGAACUUUAUACCCCAAGUUUGCCCACGAUGAUAUCAAAUUCUACUUUUCCAAGCUUUUGCAGGCGUUGGACUACUCACACUCCAUGGGUAUCAUUCAUAGAGACGUUAAACCUCAAAAUGUGAUGAUUGACCCAAGACAAAGAAAAUUAAGAUUAAUUGACUGGGGAUUAGCCGAGUUUUAUCAUCCAGGCGGUAAUUUGAACGUAAGAGUGGCGUCCAGAUAUCAUAAGGGGCCUGAACUGCUGAUCAAUCUGCAGCAGUACGACUACUCCCUAGACUUAUGGUCCGUGGGAGCUAUGCUGGCAGCUAUUGUUUUUCGAAGAGAGCCAAUGUUCAAGGGUGACUCCAAUUUGGAUCAAUUGGACAAGAUUGCGCAAGUACUAGGAACUCAUGAUCUGAUGGCCUACUGUAACAAAUAUGGAAUAGAGCUUAGCAGAGACUACAAUGGAGUGUUGAAAGAACAUGAAAGGGUUCCUUGGAGAUCAUUUAUCAACAGCAAGAACUCACACCUGGCUGACAACGAACAGAUCCUUGACCUUAUUGACAAACUGGUUGUGUACGACCACCAACAGAGACUCACUGCCCAGGAGGCCUUGGCGCACCCUUAUUUUGAGGGAACACCGGAAGAAUAG